AUGGAGGAGAGUAGCUUAUUAGCUUGGAUUAAUCUACAUUAUGAAAUAAGCCAACUAGAAGAAUUUAGACGUGUACAGACGCUUAUUUUAUUUUUACAACAAUUAUUUCAAAUAUCAUUAAAGAGUGAUACGAUACCAGAUGUAUUAAAAGAGUUGAAAGAUGAAUUACCUAUACCCAUGAAUACAGAUAUCACAGAGGAUGACCUUAUUCGAUUAUUAGAAUAUAUACAACAACAAUAUCAAGCUUAUACCAUUAAAAAGCAUCUAUCAAAUAAAGAACUCACGUUUAGUGAAUAUACCCAAUCAUUCACACCGCAGCAUGUAAAUGACAUUAAAAAUGUAUUUCUAUCAUGGUUAAAUAGUGUAUUAUCAGACUACAUUCAGUUCAUUCAACAAGAAUGGUCAAGUGGAUUUUAUUUACUUUGCUGUAUUCAUUAUCAUCAUCCAUCUUUAGUACCUAACCUACAUGAGUAUAUCUCAUUGGACGAUGUCUCUCUUUUUAACACUGCCACUCAAUUACUCUACACCACUUUCAAUAUACCCUCCAUCAUCAUCGAUCACACAAGUGAAUUGAACAUACUCUCUUAUUACAUAGAGUUAUGCUUACCCAUAUUCACUAUACCAUCUCACGAAUCAAUAAAUCAACGUCAUCAAGACAUCGAACGUUUCAAAUCUAUUUUGAAUCAAAAGAAAACAACAACCACUGCUACUUACUCAUACCAACAAUUACGUAUAACCAAGACAACCAAAUAUACAUCCCAACAUGAUGAUAUUAUACCUUCACCUGAACUAGACACACUUGAUCAACAUAUCAACUCAGUUACGGAAAAAAUGAACAGCCUUCAGCAUAGAUUGAUGCUCAUCAUACCAACACGUUCUUGCCACAACUACUCUCCUAUAUCCAACUCCAUCACUUCGGAGUCUGUCGAAUUCUUCUUGACAGAUGAUAACACUUCGACCACUAGGAGCACAAGUAGCAUCAUCCAUUCAGACAAUGAAAUUAUCCGUCUGCUACAUCCUCUCCAAGCAGCCGAAGAGGACUACUCGGCAUACGAUCGUAACUUCAAAUCACUGCAAGCCGAAUUCCAAACACUGUCUGAUGGCGACUAUCAUCUCUUACAGCUCGCCUUUGAUCAACUUGACCCACAGUGGCACACGCAUCCGUUUGUUGUACAAAGAAAAACACAGCUCCAUCAACACUACACUUCACUUGCCCAAGAGUUUGAAAAGUCAGAUUCUACUCUGGCUCACUUUCGACGAGGCUUUGCCUUUGCCAGAAUGUGCAACUCCAUCCGUCAAGAACUAGAUUUUGUUCAAAACAAGAUGGUCAAGUCUAUCACAUCGUUUCAUGACAUUCACGAGCUCGAGCUUGCGAUGGACAAGACGACGGAUAUGGUAAACACAUUAAAAUUCAAUUUCAGCGAUUUAUUAAACCAGCAACCGCCAAACCCAUCCUGUGAAGAUUCGACCGACCUUGUCUGCACAGCUUUAGAAAGAUACGAUCCUGCUUAUCUUCAAAAGUACCAGUCCGUUGAAUCUAAGAAUCAGCUGGUCAAGACCUGGGUGGACGAAGUACGUGUGUGGUUUACCGAAGCGGAGCGAAUUCGUCAGUGGAUUGAAAUUCGGGUGGAACAAAUUAAAGGUACCACCUUACCAGAUCCACUCAGCACCAUCAACAUCUCGCGUGACCAGGUCGAGGCGUUGAAUGCGUCUCAUUCCUUGCUUGAAAAGGAAAUCGAGGCCUUUGAUAAGGAGGAUAUGGCCCGUCUGAGAUCACACGUCAAGUCGCUGACAGGGGCUAACAAGGACCUUAGUCCGGCUGAUACGACCACAAUUGAGAUCACCUUGACAACGCUCAUGUCCCUGGAUAAACUGAUGCACAUGCUGCGAAGAAAGAGCUAUGAUCUUCAAGUCCUCACACAGCGCGUCAUUUGGGAGGAAGAGCUUGAAAACGCUACCGCCUGGUUACAGGGAACCGAGCAAGAACUGGAUGACUUUUUAUCUAAUGACGCAAGAUGGACACCUUCUGAAGAAGAAGAAGACGAAAACAGAGAGAGCACACCCGCCAGGAAGCGAGAACGACUGAUGGCAAGAGAAAAACAAAAGGAAACGGUCAUUCAGCAAUUACUUACACUGGAACGCAAAGUGUCCGAGUUUGAUCAAGGUCAAUUUAACAAGACAGUGGACAGUUUUCAAGAUUUGGACAAUACUUCCACAACCGAGCUACCGGAUCAUUUAGAGUCAAGACAGAAAGCAUGUGAACAACAAUUUGAAGAUUUGAUGAAGCGUAUGGCCUUUGCACGUCAUGUCGUUGAGCAGCGAUUGAAUGUGAUGGAUUUUUUGUACCAGGCCGAGCUCGUAGCUGAUGAUACUGCCAUGCUCGCCUUGGAUAUCAAAGACGCUGAGAGUAAAGCUCAUCCUGGUGAUAAUGAUCGAGAGAUGACGGCUCGUGUACAAAGUAUGCAUGAGCGCACCAUUCAGCUUGUCACAGCCACAGCAAGUCGAAUUCCUUACCCUUCUAACGCUCUUGACAUCGACAAGGAGUCCAACGCAGAAGCCAACGAGAAGAUAAAUCAAGUCAUCAAUGAAAAGAGGAAUCAGCUUCUCUUGCUCAGCGACGAACUUGAUCAGCGCCUGAAUGCGUUUCGCAAUAUCCUUCAACUGCACCGUAAGGCCAAGGAGCACCUGGAUGAUGCUACACGUCUCUGUGAUUGGGCCAAUGAACGCAUUCAAGCUGUCAAGAAGGCCAAGCUCAGUAUUCAGCAAGACUUGGUCACGAUUGACGACCUACAGCGACUCGAGAGAGACUGCCAGACGAUGAUCAGCAAGCUCAAAAACGGCAAAGAAAAUGAAGUGGUCGACCUCUUGACACGUAUUCCAUCACUACUCGAAACGUCUCAGAAAUUGAAUAUCACGUCCAUCGAUAGCGAUAGUCUAACCGAGGUCUCACAGCAGCUGGAAGAGACGUUUGAUCGUCUGCAACAGGUCCUUGAUGAGCAUGUGCUUGAGUUGGAGGCGCUCAGGAAAAAAUUGGAGGAAGGUAACACGUACUUUGAAACUGCUCGAUCUUUAAAGACGUUCAUGAGCGAGACGCGUCUUUCCUUGCCUGCUCUGAAGCAAACAUGUGGGUUUAUGACCGGUCAGUCUGAGGAACAGGAUAGACAGCGUUUAAAUAUGCUGCAGCACACCUUGGCGACGAUUGAGCAUGACUACAACAGCCGACAGACACAAUUCGAUCAACUCUGUUCUCAUUUCAAGCACAUGAGGCCGUCCAAACAAGAGGAUGCAGAGGAAACCCGCAAGAUACAGGAUUCUAUUGAGCAUGAAUGGAAUGCGCUUGGCAAGGAUAUUCAGGACCUCAAGCAGUUCACAGAGACCGUCGGUCAAUGGUACGAGCGCCAGCGUCGACUCAGUAUAGUCAAUGACACUUUCUUGGAUAUUCUUCAUGAUGAAAUCAGCCGUUUGACCCAAUCUGACAAGAAUAAUGCUGAGCUAGAUGCCGUCCAACAAAGGAUAGACCAAGCAACCGAGAUGCUGAAUGAGAUAGGUACAAGCAUUGACGAAGCACAAGACAGUGAAAAACAGGAUCCACUUCAGAUUGCCAAUUACUCCUGUGCCAAAGACCGAUACAAUCUACUUGUCAGCAAGCUCCAGGCAGCCAAAGCCAAUAUGGCUGCGCUCCGAUCUGAUGCACAUACCUCACUGGCCUUUCAAUCCUUCUUGAAAGACGCAAACAAACUGAUGGACACUAUUCAACUUCAAAAGGAACAGGUCAACCGCCGUAUGACCGAGGUCGGACAGGCUCGAUUCAGAGAAUCAGCCGAGUCUGUUAAUACCUUGGAGUCUCUGGCCAACAACAUCCUUCAAUCUGUUCGAGCUGCAGAGUCAGACUAUGCUGGUCCACUUCAAGCGCAAGUCAAAUCUCUACUCGAAAAGAUCAAGCAGUUUGAACCCAAUUCAGCUGAACGACAGACAGCUCAAGAGACGUUGCGCAGUAUUCAUGAAAACAUGAAUCAACUCAAGGACGUGAUUGCCAGCGAAAGGAAGCAAGCAGUCUUCAUACAAAAGGUGCAGACCCAUGCCAAAGGUGCUCGAGAUUUACAAGGCUGGAUCGAUCAGUGCUCUAGCGCGAUUGCUCAAUUACCGACUGAUGUCUGUAUAGCUGAUGAGCAGGAUCUCUUGUUUGACUUGGAACACUAUCAGCAAAAGAUCAUCCAGUUUGAACCUACGAUUCAAGCCUUCCAGGCAAUGCCCUCUAAAAUAUGGAAGCAUGUGAACGGUGACCCUGUUGACCUGUGCGCUAUCAGCCUAGAUCGAGAUCAAGUCAAGGAUGUGAUUGAUCAGCGUGAGGCGAAAAUUUUGAAAGCGUGGCAAGACUUGAAAGAUCAGCAUGCCAAGGCAAGGAGUUCGGUUGAUUUCUCGAAACGUGGUGUAGAGGCAGCACGCAAGGUCAAGGCAGUGCUCAUGCAGAUUGGUGAUCUCAAGGAACGCGUCAGUGCCGUCCGUAUAUGUAAGCCAAAGGAGAAUGAACAAGAUAGUGAUGAUCUACAAAAUGUACUUCAAUGCAGUCUAACGGAUAUACCAACUGAGCAUCGACUUGCUUCUGCAAAGGCUGAACUUGGUAUCCUCGAGCGUGAUAUCGAAGCACAACUGCUGCCGGCGAUUAAGCAACUCGACCUUAUGUUGAAUGCUGCAUUCAAUAACAGUCAAGAUGAUAUGUUUAGUGAUCAGCGUCAAGAGAUUUCAAGUGCUGUGCGUGGCUUGCUGGAUCUUGUCAAGUGCAAACGACGUGCCAUCAAUGAGGCUGAAAGAAUGCAAGAGUUUUUGACCGUCAUGGAAGAAGUCGAAGUGCUCUUGCUGGCUCUAGCCGAAGUUGUCGCCCGUGCCUCACCUGGUAAUGCAAGAAUGAAUGAAGAUGGAACUUAUUUGCGCACAGAUCUUCAAGCACUCCUUAUUGAUUUGGAUACUCGAUACGGCUAUUAUGAACCCAAGAUUAUUGAACUUAUGGAUGAACUACGAGAUGUAUCUGAACAUUUACUGGGCGAUCGUCGUGUGGCAGGCUGUAUCAAGCAGUUCACGAACAAAUGGACCCAAUUGCAAUCUGAAGCAGCUGCAAGAAAGCAAGAGUUAACAUCACUGAUUGGCCCCUUAACCGACAGCAAUUUUGACUUUAUUAAAGCAACAGAAGGUAUGCUCCUUGCACGUGGACGAAGGGCUGCUGCUGCUUCAGGUACGUUGACAAAACGCAGUUCGGCACCUAUACUUGCGCCUCAACCCAAGCCCACACAAACGAUGCCACGAUACAUGACUGGAUUAAACCGUAAGCCAACGAGAGCAUCCAAUAACAACGGCAGUGUUUCACCUACGGCAAGACGAGUGGCAGCAAGGCAAACGGCAGCUCAACAACAGCGCGUGCGUGCGACAAACAAAACGCCAGAGGCGUAUGUGGCUGAUCCCAAGAACGAUUUGGAUGUUGCAGUAGGCAACAUCGUGAAUGACUCUCCUUACAAGAUCAAGAUCAAGAUGGUCCCUGGAGAAGUAGGAAAAUAUUGGUUUGGAGAAGUGAACCCAAAGCUGGCAUACUGUCGUAUCCUGAGAAGCCGCAUGGUCAUGGUUCGCGUCGGUGGUGGAUGGGUCGAGCUGUCUCAGUUCUUAAGAGAUCAUGCCUUAUUGGAGAGUGGCACUUUUGUGACAUCUGACAAGACAGCCCACCGCGCUUCAUUGCCACCCCCUGCUUCUCCACGUGAGGGCGUCCAAGAAGGGUUCCUGAAUACGGUUGUUGGAAGAAACACGCCGGUCGCAAAUAAUCGUCGAAGUCUUCAUGGCGUCGUUGGUGUUCACAACAACAUUAUCGCAUUACGUGGUCAAGCAGGUGGACCUCCUCAGCUGAAAGAAUCUCGAUCAACGCCUUAUUAUCGUGGCAUGUCACCUAUACCAACUACUUAUGGUAUCAAGUCCGGUAACAAGUUUGUAGUCACUGUAGAUGAUAAAGGUAAUCAAGUAGAAGUAAAGAUGACAAAGGCCAAGAACCAUGAUGCCAAAUUCGUUACACCUAGACGCAUCAAUAUAUAA